CUGUUGAGCAGAGAAGAGUUAAGAAGACUGAGUGUUGAGAGCAUAAUGGACUUCUCUACAACAGUGAUCUUGGGAGGGCUAAUUUUGGCUCUGCUGUGGCUGUUUACCAUCAAAAACAGCAAGAAGUAUCGUUUGCCUCCAGGACCUACGGCACUUCCUCUCAUAGGAAAUCUGCCACAACUCGACAAAAGAAAACCUUUUAAAAGCUUUAUCAAGUUCAGUAAAAGCUAUGGUCCUGUGAUUACGCUGUACCUUGGCUGGCAGCGGACGGUUAUUCUGGUAGGAUACGAUGCAGUGAAGGAGGCUCUGGUGGACCAGGCAGAUGACUUUGUGGGCAGAGGGCCACUGCCAUUUCUGAUUAAAGCUACCAGGGGUUAUGGUUUGGGGAUCAGUAAUGGAGAUCGUUGGCGCCAGCUGCGACGUUUCACACUGACGACACUGAGAGACUUUGGUAUGGGUCGCAAGGGGAUGGAAGAGUGGAUCAAAGAGGAGAGCCAACACUUGAAAGCCCGCAUAGAAACUUACAAAGGCACGCCUUUUGACCCAACGUUCUUGCUGGGCUGCACUGUGUCCAACAUAAUCUGCUGCCUUGUGUUUGGCGAACGCUUCACAUAUGAAGACAAGAAGUUCCUGCACCUCCUCAAUGUCAUGAAUGGGAUUUUCAAGUUUAAUAGCAGCUUUCGGGGUCAGAUGUUCAACAUCUUUCCCUGGAUCAUGGAGCAUAUUCCCGGCGAGCAGCACAAAGUUUUUUCCCAGGUCGAGGAUGUUAGAGAUUUUAUCAACGUGAAAAUCAAGGAGCACAAAGACACACUGGACCCCAGCUCCCCGAGGGACUUUAUCGACUGCUUUCUCAUCCGAAUCAAUCAGGAAAAGGACAAUCCAGCAUCUGAGUUCAACCAUGACAACUUGGUCUCUACUGUGAUGAAUCUAUUCCUGGCAGGAACAGAAACCACCAGCUCCACCAUCAGAUAUGGCCUCAGUGUGUUAGUUAAACACCCUGACAUACAGGAGAAAAUGCAGCAGGAGAUUGACACUGUGAUUGAAAUGGGUCGUCCUCCCAGCAUGGAGAACAGGAAGUCUCUCCCCUUCACAGAUGCAGUCAUCCAUGAGAUUCAGCGCUUCCUGGACAUCGUCCCCUUCAGCCUCCCUCACUACGCACUCCACGACAUCUCCUUCAGGGGUUACACAAUCCCCAAGGACACUGUGAUUAUUCCGUUGUUGCACUCUGUGCUGAAAGAGGAAAAGCAAUGGGAAACUCCCUGGUCCUUCAACCCCAAACACUUCCUGGACCAGAAUGGCAACUUUAAGAAAAACCCUGCAUUUCUGCCAUUUGCUGCAGGGAAGAGAGCCUGUGUCGGCGAGUCUCUGGCUCGUAUGGAGCUUUUUAUCUUCCUGGUUUCAAUGCUGCAGAAUUUCACCUUUACCUGCACCGAUGGCCCCGAUAGUAUGAACCUCAAUCCAGAGUACAGCGGCUUUGCAAAUGUGCCUCGCAGUUACAAUAUCAUCGCCACGCCACGGUGAAAAGAGGAGCUUCACUCACACAGUCAAGGACAGCUCUACAGCUUAGAUGUACAACAUACACUUCAUUAUGCAGCAAUGUUUGUUGAUGUUUGCUGAUUCCUGCCUGAUAUAGCAAGUUUUUUUUAUAUAUAUUUAAUCGAUUCUUGACUCCUUUAUAAACUGUUAAUGUGCUUUCCUGCACAAAAAUAAAUCUACAUUAAAAAAAGAAAUGUAUUGCUACAUAACUGCUAUAAAAGUAGUUAGACCUUUUAUUCACACAAAUGUAAAAAACAAAACAAAAAAAAGACUUCCUGCUGUGCAAGAAUUGUGUACAUACCAAUUAUUUUCUUUAUAUUGUGAUUCUACAUGACUUUUGAUUGGAAAAAAAGUUAUUGAACAAGGACAUUUAUCCACUUAUUAUAGAGAUGUAAUAAUAACCUGUUUUAUUUGACAAAUUUACUUUUGUAUCUUUGCACUGUUACAAUUUCU